AGGUCCACGGGUCAUGGGAAAUCUCAUUAAGGUUUUGGGCAAAGACUUAGAAAAUUGUCCACAUUUUUUCCUGGAUUUCGAAAGACUUCAAAAAUAUUACGAAUGCCCUCAUCACUGCCGUGAUUUUUGUUUAGUAAAUUACCGAGAUGACACUUUGAAGAAAAAACGGCAUCUCGGUCAAAAUCGGGAGCUUAGUAAAUAUACCCCACUAUCUGAAAAGUAUUACCCAACAAAAGGUGUCAGAUGGGGAACCUUCUAAAAGUCUUGUCUUAUAACGACCUAGAACAGUGUCCCACUUUUUUCCUUGACUUUGAACAUGCUCAGCCCACGGAGGCAGAGACAGUAGUGUGGAAUCAAGUCAACUCUGUCCUGGAAGAGGCCCAGGGAAUACUGGCCGAGCUGCAGUCAUACCGGGGGGCUGGGCAGGAAAUAAGACAGGCGAUCCAGAACCCAUUGGAUUUGCACUUGCAGGAAGAAGCAUGGCGCUCCGUCUGUCCUUUGGUAGCCAAACUUAAGCGUUUCUAUGAAUUCUCUCUUCGACUUGAGAAUGCACUGCACAGCCUCUUGGAAGCUCUCACAUCGCCCCCAUAUGCUCCAACACAGCACCUGGAGAGAGAGCAGGCCCUGGCCAAACAGUUUGCUGAAAUCCUGCACUUCACCCUCAGCUUUGAUGAGCUCAAGAUGACAAAUCCUGCAAUACAAAAUGACUUUAGUUACUACAGACGAACUGUGAGUCGCAACCGGUUGAACAAUUUCCAGGUGGAUCCAGACUGCGAUGUAAACAAUGAAAUGGCCAAUCGCAUGUCUUUGUUCUACGCGGAUGCUACACCUAUGCUGAAAACUCUGAGCAAUGCAACCACUAAGUUUGUGUCUGAGAACAAGUCUUUACCUAUUGAGGACACAACGGACUGUCUGAGCACCAUGGCAGGUGUGUGCAGAGUCAUGCUGGAGACUCCUGGGUAUCGCAGCCGUUUCACCAGCACUGAGACACUGCUAUUCUGCAUGCGAGUGAUGGUCGGCGUUAUCAUUCUAUAUGAUCACGUGCAUCCGGUUGGAGCAUUUGCAAAAACCUCCAAAAUUGAUAUGAAAGGCUGCAUCAAGGUGCUGAAAGACCAACCAUCAACAAGCACAGAAGGGCUGCUAAAUGCUCUCAGAUAUACAACCCGUCACCUCCAUGAUGACACCACGUCCAAGCAGAUCAGAGCUCUUCUCCAAUGAGUUACCAUCAGUGUGUCCCCAAUACCAUAACUGUGUGAGACAGAAGACUAGGCCGCUGUGUCUAAUAGAGUGGGUGCCUUGAUUCUGCAAUGCAUAUUCCAAUUACUUGCUGUAGCAACAGUUUUACAUAUCACUGUGCAACAGAUUUACAGCGAUUCUUAUGCACAUAACGUCCAUGCUGCGUCUGCAAAGGGUUAUGUGCAUGCGAGGGAUCAGCAAGUUUCACUGCUCUGUAAAGAUCCAGGUAUAUUAUUGGUGUACACAGCCUCAUAAAGUAACUACUCCUCUAUAUUACUCCAUUACAGAGUUAUAUGUGUGUUCAGCGUUGUCCUUCAGCUUCCCGUGUAUAUUACAUCUCUGCAGGGUCUGCUUAUCAUCCUGCUCCCACCCAAUAAGAUGCCCCUCUUGUGACAGAUCUAGCACUAAUAUUGCCAUUGACAACGACAGUUCAAAGAUGAUAGCCAUGAAUGAAUCUGUUCAAUAGGCCAAGAAUAGAGGUGUACGAGUGCUGGACACACAUUAUUAUAAAUAGCGCUGUAUGAACAGAUGUUUAUAUACUCUUACAAGCACAUUGUGUCCAGUGCUUACAUUAUAAUACUGGAUAUGCAGGUUGGUGACAGUGCUCAUCUAUAAACCUGGCUGUAACUCAACCAAAUACAAAUAUGCACAAACAUCCAUCAGCAGGUAGUAUAGUUGAUUAUGCCAUCACUCAGCCUGGUGUAACAUAUAUGUGUCUGUAUAAUGUCAUACAAUGUGGUGUGCCCAUAGCGGAGAUGUUACAUUAGGAGAAUGAAUGAUACAUGGAAUCUGUACAUGGGCUCUGACUGGAAUCAGUAUUUUAAGAGACACCUUAUCAUUAAGUUGUCUCUGCAAUUAUUCCUCUUAUAAAUCUGUGUCAAUAAAACUUCCUGUUCUGAUUAA